GACGAACGUCGAAAACGCACGCGCGCAAAUUGGUCACGCUUGAUCAAUUUUCGCGGCUUCGUUUCCCACGUGGGCGUGCAUUUGUCGGCUCGCAAACAGACUGUUCCCACCUACUAGGCAUUUGGUUGGCUCGGAAGUGGCUUGUGGCUGCGUGAAUUUGCGUUCGAUCAACGACAAGCCUGUCUGACACUCGCUACCGAUAUCGCUUGGAAGUCGCUCGCAGCUUCAGGCAGAGUCAACUUUUCGUCGUUGCGCCUUGGAAUUGGCGGCGUCCUUCGAAGCUUUGAUCGAAAUUUGAGAGUUUACCUGUUAAAUGUUAUUGAUGUCACGGAUUGUUGGUCGUGAAUUUUUUUUUCACGACGCUCCGCGACUUGUCUAGUGAUUAGCUAUGGAAAGCAAAGUUGAACGGCCAACAACACCGGGAACGAGAAGCGAAGCUGGCGAGAAACGAUCAGGCGAUUUUGAAGAUGUUGUUCCUAGAAAGAAGCGGCGAAGAUGCGGUGCUUGUGAGCCUUGUUUGAGAAAAGUAAAUUGCGGGGACUGCAGCAAUUGUGUCAAUAGAAAAACUGGUCAUCAGAUAUGCAAGUUCCGUAAAUGUAUUGAACUGAGAAAGAAAACGACAAGCAACGUUGGCAAACGCGAAGGGGCUCAGCUGCGAACGGCUUUGAACGAGGACGACGUAGGUGACAAAUCGCGUCUCGUGAGCUGCGAAGUCGUCGAACCCGAUAAGCGAGCUGUCGGUGAAGGUGGCGAGAGACAGAUUAUCAACGAUUCCGUUCAAGGCGAGUGUAAACCGCAAAAACCGGAGUCGCCAGGGGCAAUUCAUGCGCAAGAAGGCACUGAAGUUGCUCAGCUGCAAAACACAGAAAUCAGCGCUACCGACGAACUCCCUAAAGACCCUCACGAGAAUAAAACAGCAAGCGGUGAUGUCCACUCCAGUCGUUCAACCGAGCCGGGCGCUGAAAAGCCUUUGACGAACUUCAAGGUAGCGGUUUCCCGCAGUGAAAGCGAUUUUGAACCCCCUCCGUGCAACUGCCCAGUUUCAGGAAAAGAUGACAGUCCUUAUUACACCUACCUGGGAGCUGCACCGAAUGUGAAUGUUUUGCGGAAUCUCUUGGAGGAAAGGUUUGGCGUCAAAGGAUCUGCUCUGAGAAUUGAAUUGAUUGGUUACACAGGGAAAGAGGGAAAAAAUCAUCUUGGUUGUCCCAUAGCGAGAUGGGUUAUUCGUCGUUCCAGUGACGAGGAGAAGAUUUUGGUCAUCGCGCGGAAGCGUACUGAUCACGUGUGCGACUCGACAUUGACUGUAGUGAACAUUGUAUUAUGGGAAGGUAUUGCCCAGGAGCGCGCGGAUUAUCUAUAUAAGUCACUUAGCACCAUGCUGCCUCAACAUGGCGUCCCUACGGCAAGAAGAUGUGGAAUCAAUGAGACUAAAUCAUGUGCCUGUCAGGGGUUGAACGAGGAGACUUGUGGUGCGUCUUUUUCUUUCGGCUGCUCUUGGAGCAUGUACUUCAAUGGUUGCAAGUUCACUCGCAGUAAAACGCCGAGGAAAUUUAAACUACUUGAUUCUUCUAAGGAAGAGGAAUUAGAUACCAUGAUGCAGACAUUAGCGACAGAUUUGUCCACCGUAUACGAGAAAUACGCACCUCAAGCUUUCCAAAACCAGGUAAAAGAAGAAAGAGAGGGGCUGGAAUGCCGUAUUGGAAACAAUGAGAGACGGCCCUUUUCUGGUGUCACGUGUUGCGUGGAUUUCUGUGCACAUAGCCACAAGGACUCCAGAAAUAUGGACGGUGGAGCAACCUUGGUGUGCUCGCUUCUGAAGCCAGAGGCAAUUUCGUCAGACGAAGAACAACUUCAUGUUUUGCCGUUGUACCGCUUGCUGGACAAGGAUGGUGCGCCUGUGCGACCCAAUUAUGUCAUACCUGCCCAUUUCCUUGAACCUCCUGUGGGUGUCUCCCCAGGCUACUCCACGGUAACAGGACAAGAGAAUUCCCCAAAGGCUAGCAAAGCAGUGAGUAACCACGAUCCACAGCCCAAAGAAGGACGUAAAGAAGUCUUUCAGGAUCUGAACAACAACAACAAAAGCAGUAAUGGACCAUAUGUACCCUUCGAUGGGCAUAGCAUUCCUCACGGACAUGCGCAGUCGAUGCAUGGCUUUCCAAACUCGGUGAUUCACCACCAUGCCUCUUCUAAUCAGAUGAUGAACAACUGUUUUAACGGACACUAUCCCCACCCCCACGGGUCGCCAAUGUUUCAAUUUCACCCGCAUCUUGGUAACAAUUAUGUUCUUAACCAUUGCCGGGCGCCAGAGGUGCACUGGGUAGACGAGAACCGUAUUCCAUAUUUGUAUCGAAAUCCGGGACACUUGAAUCACUUUCACAACUCGAGUAACAACUUGGACAAUUAUGGUAACUACGACACAAAGGUUCCUUUUAUGGGUGGGACCUGGAAUUGUCGAAUGCCUUUCGGUAAGUCGUUUCCGAUGAACAAUGCACCGUCAAAUAGAGGUGUCGAAUAUGCCAAACCAAAGACUGUCAUUCAUCACUACAAUGGUGAGGCCACAAGGGGGCCUUCUCAGAUCAAGUGGGUUGAUGACAAAGAAGUACCACUCAUGAGAGCCUCGAGUAGUGUACCCCUGGAUGAAAAUGCCAACAUAAAAGAAGUAGAAAAUCGCAAAGGCAGUGGAAAAGAUGUGGGAAGCUCGGGACAGGCACGGAAACCAUUCUUGAUUGAGGAGAAUAUGGGAGGAGUGGCUAUCGCUCUUACUCAUGGAUCACUUCUAAUCGAGGUAGCCAAGAAAGAACUUCAUGCAACUACGCCUCUCAGGAACCCCCAAAGACAGAAUCCCACUCGGAUUAGCUUGGUGUUUUAUCAGCACAAACACAUGAACCUCACUCUGCACGGCUUGGGCGAGUGGGAGCAGAAAGUGGCUCGAAAGAAGUUGGAGGGAGAGGUAGCCAGCAUGGAGGUGGAUGGAACUGAGAAGGACGCAUCUGUAGACCUUAAAGAAGAAGAAAGAGAGUUGGGCUAUCUGGACAUGCUUGCGGAAACAGCUCUGUCCAGAGCGGACAUAGAUCCUGGUGUCACAAACAAGCGUAAUUCUAGUGCGGGCCAUUCUUUAGAGCUAGCGUCGGUGAAUACCAGUGUUCUUGCACAAAAUGGCGCGGACAGUCCGCCAGAAGGUGUAAUAAGAGGUCCAAACGACUUAAAUGGUUCGAAGUUUCCUCAACGAAUAGAAGCAGAUGUCCACGGUGCGAAAGAUACCGCGAAAGAAAUUCUAUCUAACUUGUCUUCCACCAAACCAGAGCAACAUAGUCAACUGCGCAACGGAAUUGAGUUUACUCCCGAACGGCCUCGUCAGGGACAGAUUGGGAUAAAUUCCAUGAGUAUCCCACAGAGUAAUAAGCACAAGAACAAGGAAUUCUCUUCCGACCCGCGGCAGCAAAUCUGGGGAUCUAUGCAUCACGUUCAUCAAAACAACGAAGGGUCCAAAGGUUCGUCAUUUCCUUCUAAUGUGUCUUCACACAUUACAAGUAGAGUAGAACCAAAUAAAGUUCCACCUGUUCAAAACGCCGACAUGAACCACCGAGAGCCAUCGCAGAGCGAAGGACUCAAAAUAUUCUCCUCUUCCAAUGGAAUAAUUUCUGAGAGAAUUGUUAAUUCUGACAACAGAGGAUUAGAUGUUGUGACAGAACCAUCCUCGGCCAAACGGCCAGAGGAACGCCUUAACACCGGUACUAACUUCAGUGUCUCGAGGCUGUUAGGGGAUGACAAUAACAACAGAGGAGAGAAAUCCACCACGGGUUCGUCGUCAUCCUAUAGAAUAAGCAGCAUUCUCGGGGACGAGAAAACAAUCUCCAAUGCACAGGAUGAAAGAGAAGCAGACACGGCUCGUCAAGUCCCUUCGCAUGUUCGGUCAUCUGAGAAGGAUCGUGAUGUCCCUGCGAGGCACCAUUCUGUCUCAGAGCCUACGUUUCAGUCACCCAAUGUCCCUAUGUCGCCAAGGUUCCCAUUUUUGCCUCCAUUUGCUCACUCUGCAGGGAUCAGAGAGAAACUUUCCGCUGGGCCGGAAAGAUCCUACCUUGACCUCUCAAUGGCGGCCAACCGUCUAUUCAACUACAGUCCUUACAAGUUCGGUGUUCCUUUUCCAACAUAUCCAAGUUUUUUCAUGCCUCCCUUUCAUCCACUUCUAACUUCUGGAAAUGGCCUUUCAUCCAACCUUGCUUUAGUUAAUUCGCAGAACUAUAUGUCUUCUUUUAUGGACUCCACUAAACGGAUCGGAGAUAUGAAUGGCAUGUCUCUAGACCCUGCAUCACUGACCACCAUUUCCACCGCAACGCGGACUGGGGUUAGUUAUCCAAUAGACACACUAAUCACUGUGGCACCCUACACACAGACGUGUGUCACAGGGCACUACCAAAAUUGGCUCUGAUCACAACUUUGCCAUAGGAAACCUUUUGAACCUCUUCUGAGUUUGCGUAAUGGUAACAGAAAGGCCAAUCUGGGAUAACAUUGUUUCUCAAUUAGUAAAACGUAAUACCAAGAAAAUCUAGUAUAAUUGUAAGUCGUUCCUACAACUUGAAAUUUCAACAUUUUCUCUUCAAUAGACUGUGUAAAUAGACGACCUGAUUAAGUUUUAUCACCAACUAGAUGAGAGAUAUCACAGAAAUCCACAAAUCCUUAAGGUCUUCUGAAAUCUGAGUCAAAUUUAGGUCUCCAAAUGUGACUCACUAGUAGCGAAGAAUUAGCGUUUAUUUCCCGAUGUAGUCGCUUCCGAGGCAGAUCACGACGUUUUGACUGACUGCAUGCUACUAGUCUUCUUCAGGCGAUGAGGUCGACUCGAUACGCAUCCUUUCGUGAUUCAGUAUUUUCAGCUGUGAUUGGCUAGUUUUUUAUCACUCGGCUGUGAUUGGCUAGUUGUUUUAUCAGAAGGUUACGCGUAUUCUUUCCUCCACCGCCGUGAUCGUGAUCCAUUCCUAAAGUGACUGCAUUGUGAGAAAAAUAACUUUUUUUCCAAUAUUUUGAUAUGAUUCAAAUUUGUUUCCACUUUUCGUAAGCAAAAGCAAGAUAUUAGGGGGUGAGAAUUGAGAAUAAAGAGAAUACGACUUGGAACAUAAAAGAACUGCUGUAAGGAGCAAGGGCUCAACGAAUGUUGGAAUGACUGUGAUUUAUCUGUGACGAUAUUGGGUCCUACACUGGAACCAUUGUGUUGCAAAUUGAUUUUUUUUUCUGCUCUGAGAACAAGUGACGGAAAAUACAAAGAGUGUCAUGCUACUCGAGUAAAGAGUUAUUCUCUCUAAAGCGCAUUUCGUUUCUUGUAGAUGGCUCUAUGAGACUGAGUUAUUUGUCGGUGUUUUAGUUGAUCCCAUUUUGCUUUGUUUGGAUAUUUAAUUGCAAUAAUCUCAUUUCAUGAACAAGUAAAAGUUUUGCAAACGUUGUACAGUUAAACUUCUAUCGGGACAGGUAACUUAUAAGGUAAUAUUCAAAGCGUAAUUUUUUUCAUCCAUGAUUUUAAGGUAAAAAUUCAUCAUGGAUUGCAACGGCAGCCUUGCACCAAGGUAUACUUCAUUUUAGGAGCUUUAGAAUGUCCAAGGGGAGUUUUAUCCCAUAAUAGUAUUUUUUUUUUAGUGUGGCAGAGUAGUCGAAGUAAGGAAACAUCCUUUAUAUCUUCGUGUACCUUGUUGCAAUAAAAAUAAAUCUCUAAUGGAUUAAUGAUGUAACUAUAUUUAUCUGUAAAUGCAGGGAGUAGAUUUUGAUGUUGCAGACAGCAAGCGUUAUGUCACGCGGUGCUAGUUUUAAUCUUACUGAGUCACGGGUUGGCUUGUUGUGUUAAGGGCUAUAUUGGCUGUCAUGCAUGUCACGUUAAGGUAAAUUUCACGGUAAAAGCAGCGGCUUGCCGAAAAGCUUAUAAUUAAUAUUAGUUUUCGAGACUUUUAGCGGUUAUUCUUAACCAAUAGAUUAAAAAUCAUGAGGAGAUUCAUUUUAUUCGGAUAAUAUCAGUGCUUCAUGACAAAGCGGUGUUUAUUUGAUUUUAAAAUCAGCUUUAGUGGUAGAACUGAUAGGAAUAAAAUCAAUAUCAUGGGGUACAUAUAUAUCAUGUAAGUAAGAGUGAACGGAUACAAAUACAACCUUCUUUCUAUUGUUAA